ACAAAAGUGUAAAAGUAAACGAUUUAAUGAAAGAGGAAUCCAGUACCCCGAUGACAGAGCAUACUGUGCAUCAACACGGAGAAAGAGGUAUAUAUGACGACUUAACAGAGACAGAUAAUGGCAAUCAGUACGAGGGUCUCUCCACUAAAGAUCAACAAGAAAGUGAGAGGCAAACUUACGAGAGCAUUCAAGGAUCCAGUGGUGAAAAUAAAUAUGAGAAACUUUCAACGGUUUCUAAAAAAGAAGAUGAUGACGGCAAAUACCAGACUUCCCUCAAACCGAAGACGUCAGGACCAGAUGAUGUGUACCUCAACACCUCAUUUCAAAAUUAGGAAUCUCGAAGGAGGUCUUAAGCGGUAGUUUGAAAUAAUAACUGCUUGCAGAAUUGAUCUUGAAUGCACCGAAAUACUUAACGCACGGACAAUACCUAUACGCGCUUUAACUUAUACAUACGCACCUUGUAAACGAUUGUAGUUUAAACUUGAUACACUGUAUGUAUGAUAAUGAGAUUUACAAAAUAUAUAACAGAAUCGAUUCCGUCAGUUCGAGGUCAUAUUGGUUAAUUAUCUUAAUCAUCAUUUUGUUAAGAAUCGAAUUUUACAAGAGCCGUUUAGACAAACGCUGAAGAUGAUUGAUUUCCUUGUUACACUCGUAUUUCAGCGAAUCUUUUGAUAUUUGAUAAAGUAAUAUUUCAUAAGUUGAAAGACACAUUGUAUGUUACUAAGCUUUUAAACUGGCAACUCUCGGUACACCACCACCGAGAAUAAUGGGGCGGGACUUAAUUAAAUGUCACUGAUAAGACUGAGCCAUGCAUUAUUUUUAGAGAGUGCAGUGUUCUAUUUUCACACACACAGAAAUCCCCUUACACAGCUACAGUGAAUAGGGCUAUAACAGAUAACGUGCAGAUGUGUAACAAUCCCAACACAAAAAUGGUACAAUCACAUUAUAAACAAACCGGACAAAGGAGUGUUUUGAUGUAAGAUAUGAUUAGUCUUCAAUAGUCACUCAUAAGUUUCUUAUGUAUGUUACUGGUUGUUGUAAAUUUGUGAAAUCCAUGAGGAAAAUAUUUUUGUUUUGAAGUCGUGUGUUUUGGGUUUUCUGACAGGAAUUCCAGUUUGACGUCUAGGGUUAGCAGCAUCUUCUAGAUAUUUUAUUGAAGUUGAAGGUCGAUCCACAUUUUCAUUCCAGUCUAAGAGUGACAAAUUUAUUCUGAGCUGAUAGGUAUUUUUUCCAAAGACAAUUCUUUUGUCAUGGUAUUGCAAAAGAAAAUUGUUAAAAGAUUCAACAUAGUGAGUGUCCGAACAAAAUCGAAAUUCCUUUCCUUUCUUGUAAACAGUUAAGGUCUUCAAAAAUUUGAUCAAAAUUUGUUCAGCUUCCUUUUCAGUAAUCAAAUAUUUGGAAGGCUCAUAUGGACUUAAAUCUUCUCGAACUUGUCUGCAUCUUGCAUUUUCAAAACAAGAGGUGUGGUUUC